AAGGACAGUUGGUUUAUAUCAACAAGGUGUGGUGCAGUGCAAUGUAGGGUAGCAUGGUGGACACUCUGACACUGUGAGGUGGCUGACGGUACGGAGUCCGUACAGCACACAGGUGUGGUUCGCGCAACCAACAUCCAAUCCACAUGGACCAACAUGGCAGCGCUGGUUGCAUCCCCACGGCCGAGCCGAGCCCCGUGCCGUCCCGCGUCGGACUACUACAUAUGUACUUGCUUGUUCUUGUGUUUGAGGUUGGGCCACCCAAGGGCUGUCAAGGCUGGCGCGGUUGUGCGGCUGAAGGGGAGUCGAACUGGUGGCGGUGGCUUUUCUCGGUUUCUCGGAAGCUCCCUUGGGCAAUGGGGUCGCCCCUGAAGAUGGGCAGCCCAGAUCGUCCAGAUCGCCCAACGGUUCUUUGCCCUAGUGUAGUGUGCAGGUAGUCCUCUCCGCACGGAAGUGUCCGCCGUUGAUGGGGAGGGGGAACCUUGUCUGUCUGUCUGUCUGUCUGUCUCUGUCUGUCUCUGUCUGUCUCUGUCUCUCUUUAUAUCUCUUCUUUUCCCUUGUCCUCCAGAUUUCUGUAUACAUGUACUCUGUGUAUGUAUAGUAAGGUACAUACCACAGUAGAGUACAGUACAGUGCAGAUAGGUCUGCAAGUGUCCCAGCAGGUCGGGAUCCUUGCAGCCUUGGUGGCUGUCCCUGCCUGGUGGUUGGUUGUGUGGAUUCGGCACUGCAUGGCGCCUGCAGGCCCCCAGUGCCGAAGCGAGCCCUGGGCUGACAGUUCUGUGGCCGAACCCCUGAGCUGGGGAGUGUGUGGGGGGUGUUGUGGGGGGAGGGGUGUGGCAGAGAAAAAUAGGCUCCACGCGCCGCCAGCGGGAAUGCAACAUCGGCUGGUGAUUUUGGAGGGCAGGGUGGGGCCUGGGCGGAAUGGAAUGUGCAACGGGCGACUGUGGACCCGGGAGACGACAUGACACCAGGGCGCGGUCGCGGCAUGAGGCGGAUGCUUUCCGACACCUCAUGCUGGGGCCACCGCUGGGCCACCGCUGGGCCACUGCUGGGCCACUGCUGGGCCACCGCUGGGCCGUCGGUGGUGGACGUGACUGGUCCUGAACUCUAUCGGUGGGGUGUUGGCAAUUACUCGCGGACGCCGUCCCCUUUGAAUUUCUGUCGGCGGGGCAGUGUCCAAAACCAGCAACGACCGCCCUUUGGCCCCCCGCCGUGGGCCCCCGUUUCUGGCUCGUCUAUGGCGGUGAUGGGCAUCUCGCUGCCCCGGCCGCCAGACUGAACAAAUAAGAAUCUGCCCGUCACCUUUGCGCCGCCGGGCCAGCCAGGGCCAGCAGAAAGAAGCCUCCUGCAUCCCCAGCCGUCAGCCGCCAGCCGUCAGCCGUCAGUCGUCCAACCCAACCCAGCCCAGCCGGGUCAAGCGAUCAACCGCCUCCUCCCUCGUCGACGUCAAACAGCCGGGACCGGUGUGUGGUGGUGCGUGCCUGUCAGUCUGUCUGUUGCGUGUGUGUGUGUGUGUGUGUGUGUGUGUGACUGAGUGAGUGUGAGCGUGUGUGUGCCUCGCAUCGCAACGAUCCAACGCUGCUUGCUGCUGCUGCGAGCACUCGUCCACCCACCACCCACCACCCUCUCGACACCACACCUCGACUGCCGCAUCUUGUAGGGCUACCUGCCCACCAGCUCCCCACCAGCUCACCCGGGCCUGCUCUCGUCACACCUCCCUCCAGGCUGCUUUCCUCUCCCCGCCCGCCGCCAGGCUUCAAACAUGUCCACAACCUCGGAGCGAGAGCCCUUUGUCGAGGCCCGCUUCCUCGACGACCUGGAGAAGGGCUCCGAACUGCUGAGCGCCCCCUUCAACAAGCACGUCCUGCAGGAGGUCGUCAACGCCUACCGCGACCUCAUCGACGACGCCGCCAUACAGAUACGCAGCACCAGCACCCCCGGCAACCCAAUCUCAUUCCGCCUCUUCAUAGCCACCCGCGCCGACACCCUGCAGAUCGCCGAGGCCCAGGGCUGGCUGCAUCCCGACGACCCCGUCCCCAACCUCGUGAGGGCCAUCCGCACCCAGUGUGACGGCUCCAUCGAGCAGCCCGAGUUCACCGCCGACAAGGGCUGCGAUGCCAUGCUCAUGUACCUCAACGGCCUGCGCGACCUCGACUUUAUCCUCGCCACCCCCGGCAUGCCCGACGCCAUCAAGGCCAACAGGCAAAAGUUCCGCGAUGCUGACCUCAACCAGCUGGUCGUCACGCACUUCGACUACCCCAAGGAGCUUGUAUCCUUCUACUUCCUCGGCCAGGGCCCCCUGUCCAAGGCCCAGCUCGACAAGCUGGUCGCCCUGACCGGCGCUCCACCACCUUCCGACGACGUCUACAACGACAUCGUCGGCGUGCUGCUGGACUCGUCAUAUUACCUCACCGUCUCCAUGGACUACCACACCGGCCGCAUCGUCAGGAUCGAGCUGCACCUGUUCUUCCCCGUCAAGCUGCCCCCGGACAUGAGCAUCCCCACCGUCGGCCAGCGCCUCGAGACCUUCUGGGACAUCCCAACCUACGAAUCAGAGGAGAUGGAUGUGCUUUCCUACUGCUUCGGCGACACCGAAAAGACGGGCGACAUCCUGGCAUUAAGAGGCUACUGCGGGGGUUUCAGGGAAGUGAUGAGGUCCUGGAGCAUCAUCGGCGCGUGAGUCGUCUUGUCGCCCCCUCGAGAAACAAAAGAAGAAGAAAGGAAAAGAAAAGAAAAGAAAAGGGGCGGCCGAGGCCCGGCAGGACAGGCAGGCAGGCUCCCAUCCAAGAUUCCCUGGUCAUGUCAGAGGAGCCGUUGAUAUAGCAUAGAAGCGAUUGAUACCCAAAGACCAGCGUACCCUGGUACUUACUGUAUUGAACAGUAUAGGAAGGAUUUCUCGAGAUUACCGGUGCCCAUCAUCUUAUCGGGCAGAGGUAAUAAAACCGGUACAGAUGUAUCUUUCGGGAAUGGGCGAGUAGGGCCAAUGCGCCUCUGGUCUUCAGAAGACGAGCGGACGGGCUGUGAUAUCUGGGACUGAGUGUAUAGCAGGAGCGCCAAAUCCCUGGCUAGAGAAUUAGGAAACCUAGCUGGACAAUCCAUAUUGUGACCUCUCUGGUGACUUUGGCUCUAAACUCUUGACUCCGAUACAGGAAAAGAGCAAGAAAAGGUUGUAAGCACAUGUGCAACGGAAGAGCGCGGCGGCGGACGGCAAACACCUGAAAAGGACAGGGUUUUUAGAAGAUUUGUGGCCGAUGAGGUAAUCAUGUCAUUCCAGACCUCCGAGGAUUUGGGGGGGGGGGAUAAUUACAUAUGUCCUUAGUAUUAAGUACUUAGGUAACUCUCCAAACUCACUAGACGAGGACAAUCGCGGUUGACUAGCCGCUUCUACUUAAGUAAGAAAA